UGUAAUCAUUUUAUAUCUAAUUUUAUUAUUCUUCCUGAAACGCCUUUUAACGCGAGAAUUGCAGACGCAUUUAAUCUUUUUAAAAUCAAGUGCACAUAUUUAAGAAAUCUAGUUACAUAAAUACUGGACAAGAUGUCGGAAAGUAAACCUACUGCAGCACCUCCGCCGAAACAGGUCAGAACUUACCAACCGACUUAUCAACUCAAUCCUAAGAAGCGUUUCGACGCGGAACAAAUACAGAAAAUAUUGCAACGAGUGGUCUCAUAUGAACUCAACGAGGUCGAAUAUAGCGAGAAACAAAUUCCAGAACUUUGUCUCAGCUUGGCUGAAACUCUACGUAAUGCUAUCAAAGAAGAAAAUUAUAACAGGUACAGGAUAAUAGUGAUGGUGAGCAUUGGCCAGCGACGGCAGCAGAGCGUCCACAUAUUCCACUCGUUCCUGUGGGAUCACGAGCGAGAUGCCUUCGCUACGUUCAAUUACGAGAAUUGCCAUUUAUUUGCUAAUGUCGUCGUCUAUGGUGUGUAUUUAGAUUAGAUGUGAUUAAAUAAAUUUUAAAUUUAAUUA